CUCUAUCGAAACAUGGCGCUGAGAAGAAGGGGUAGUUUCUUUCGGACACUGAAAAAUGUUGAACCUGAAUACGACAAUGUCACAAUGGACAGAGGAAUAUCUGCAGCUGCACAGAACAAAUGGGUAUUUGAAAUUGCCUGGGAAGUUGCGAACAAAGUGGGUGGAAUCUACACUGUGAUCAAAACUAAGGCCCCCACGACGGUUGAGGAGCUGGGAGAACAGUACUGUCUGAUGGGGCCGUACAACGAGUCCUGUGUCCGAACUGAAGUGGAGAUUCUAGAGCCACACAAUUCUGUGUUUAAGGAGAGCAUACAAGCAAUGCGGGAUGCAGGUAUUAAGGUUUUCUUUGGUCGUUGGCUGAUUGAUGGAUAUCCUAAAGUGAUCCUGUUCGACAUCGGCUCUGCAGCCUGGAAGCUGGAUGAGUUUAAACACGAGUUGUGGGAGAAGUCCAACAUCGGCAUACCAUGGCAUGAUCGUGAGGCAAAUGAUGCUGUAAUAUUUGGUGCACUGGUAUGCUGGUUCCUAGAAGAGUUCCGCAACCGCCUGUCCGGUGAGCCCCUGGUCAUCUGCCACUUCCACGAGUGGCUGGCUGGAGUGGGCCUCCUCUACACCCGCACCAGGAAACUAGAUGUCAGCACCAUCUUCACAACUCACGCCACCCUCCUGGGCCGAUAUCUGUGUGCAGGAAAACUGGACUUCUACAAUAAUCUUGAUAGUUUCAACCUAGAUAGGGAGGCCGGAGACCGGCAGAUCUAUCACCGGUACUGUAUGGAGCGGGCAGCCGUACACUGCGCUCACGUCUUCACCACUGUGUCCGACAUCACUGGCGUAGAGGCGGAACAUCUACUUACACGCAAACCAGAUGUGAUCACUCCCAAUGGGUUGAAUGUGAUCAAGUUCAGCGCUAUCCAUGAGUUUCAGAAUCUACAUGCUGUAUACAAGGAGAAACUCCACGAGUUUGUUCGCGGUCACUUUUAUGGGCAUUACGACUUUAACCUGGACAAGACAUUGUACGUGUUCACUGCUGGCCGUUACGAGUUCUCCAACAAGGGGGUGGAUAUGUUUAUUGAGUCACUGGCUCGAUUGAACCACUAUUUGAAGGCUGCAGGUAGUGACAUGACAGUGGUGGCAUUCCUCAUCCUCCCGGCCAAGACCAACAACUUCAAUGUGGAGUCUCUCCGAGGCCAGGCAAUUGCCAAGCAGCUUCGGGACACGGUGCAACACGUACAGAACUCCGUCGGGAAGAGGAUGUUCGAAAUCUGUUUACGGGGCAGUAUACCUAAUGGUGAUGACCUCCUGCAACAGGAUGAUGUGGUGAAGCUCAAGAGAUGUAUAUAUGCAGCACAACGUCACAGUCUUCCCCCUAUAUGUACUCAUAAUGUAGUUGAUGACCAUGACGACAAGGUGCUCAACGCACUGCGGAGGUGUCAACUGUUUAACAAGAGAGAGGACAGGGUUAAGGUUAUAUUUCAUCCAGAAUUUCUUAAUUCCACUAAUCCACUUUUUGGUCUGGAUUAUGAAGACUUUGUGAGAGGUUGCCAUCUAGGAGUGUUCGCCUCCUAUUAUGAGCCGUGGGGAUACACACCAGCGGAGUGCACAGUGAUGGGUAUCCCCAGCAUCUCCACCAACCUGUCAGGCUUCGGCUGCUUCAUGAAUGAACACAUAGCAGACCCCAAGUCCUAUGGUAUCUACAUUAUAGACAGGAGGUUCAAGUGCCCUGAGGACUCUAUCAAGGAGCUGGCUCAGCACAUGUUUGACUUCACGUGCCUGUCACGGAGACAGAGAAUUAUACAGAGGAACCGCACAGAGCGACUGAGCGAGCUGCUGGACUGGAGAAACCUCGGGAUCUAUUACCGGAAGGCCAGGUCACUAGCCCUGCAGCAGACCCAUCCAGAUGCGUGCUUGGAGGACAGUCUCUCGGGCAAACACUUCCUGUAUCCAAAACCAGCGUCUGAGCCACCGUCACCAUCCAUGUCUCGGUCAUCCACACCGGCACCAUCAGAUGGCGAAGAUGAUGAAGAUGAGGAUGACCCUCGUUACCAUGACGAUGAAGCUUGAGCUACUUGUAGUAUUAUGUUUACAAUGAGAUGUACGUUGGUAAACUGCUCGACACUUUGUCACCUACACUUUGAGUAGUGUGGGGUUGGAGAUGUGGUAUUUGGAUCUGAGAAAAUGUUGACGAAACUGUGUGAAUUCUGACUUUUGUUUCUUCACAUUGUGUUCAAAUAAUAGUAGGAUUUAACAUAGUCAAUUAAUGAAGCUUGUAUGUCGUCCCUGUGAUUGCCUUCAAUGUUCAUGUGAAUUUGUUGAAGUGAUAAACAACAUUUAUAUGCCUAUUACCACAUGUAUCCCUGCCAAUAUUAUCUGUGCUAUGCUGUCUUUGACAAGUGAUUCCAAAACGUGGAUCUCAAAGACUUUAAUACAUUUAUGUUUUCGAGGAUUGUUACAGUUUUGUUAUUCAGUCUUUGUGCUUAAUACUGUUCCUAUAAGCUGGAACUCAGGAACUACAUCAUGUCAUUGUGUUGUGUCCUUAUAGUUAUGGUAGGCCCAUUGGUCUAAAGUGCCACAGUUCAAUCUGCAGAGUUGUGUCCCUUUGCUAAGCCAGGAUCCAAUAAUUGUUGGUUUGAUCACAAAUUCUUAAUAUGAUCCUUGUUGCGUCAGGCCAAUGUCUUGUUGAUUUUACAAAAGUGGUAAACAUUUAAAAAGCCUGCAUCACUUUGAGCUUUUUUCUCAUAUCAUGUCAUGACUGAAAUAAUGUUCAGAACUCUGUCUUAGACCAGUUUAAAAUUUAGGGAAAAAAACAAACUUAUUUUAGUUAAAAGAUUAUCAUAUUGAGAUAAGUUUACUAUAAACUAUUGUUUGUUAGUUCUUUACAGCUUUGUGUGUUUACAAUUUGGGCAUAUACAUAUUGAAUAUUGUUGUGUUUUUUUAUAUCAAAGCUGAAUUUUUGUGACUGCACCAAACCCUGAUGCUUUGAAAGUUGCAAAAGUUAGAUGGGUAGUUUCCAACAUAUCUAUGUAGGGCUAAAAAAAAUAAUAGUCUUGGUUCUCAGGCACUGCCCGCAUUAUCAUAAAGUCUGCUGCACGUUUCGUUUUUAUUUCCAUUUUCAAAAACAAAUUAAAAUCUUUAUAUAUUCCCCGUCUCGAACACAUGCCCCUGGCAGUUAAGUCACACAAUAUUUAAGAACAACAUGAUUUCCCCGAAAUUAUUGUAAAAAUAAUAUGGUUACAUACUAGCUUGAACAACCAAAAAAGAAAAAAAACAACGCCCGCACAAUAAUUUCAAACGCUGUUGCCUGAGAACCUAUUCUAUUAUGUUAUUUAAGCCUAGACAAUACUCAGGAUCCAAACAAGACACUGUUUUACUUUCUACUGUGUCUACAGUAGAAAUAUAUAAAACUGCAUCUCAUUUGCUUUUGAAAUCUAUCUUCCUGUAUUGCAUAAAAUGUUAUCAAAGGUAGUUUGUUUUCAAUUUGAUAAGCAUCAUAACUUGUAUUUGAAAAAUCAAAGUUAUCAACGAGCAGUUUAGUAGAUUGGUACAGCUUUUGUGAUUUGUGAACACUGUGAUAAAUAUCAACAUGUCCUACUGUGUCAUAAGUACAUCAGUUGAGUGUGUAAAUACUAGAAUAGACAAAGUUAGGUUCACUAAUGUGUACAUCAUCAAUAUGUGUUUGUAUGUACACUAUAUUUCUACAUCACCCGUGAGUAUAUACAUGAAGUUGUAGCAGUAUCACUCGGGGUACAUGGGGUUUUUAUGCGUUCCGUGUUAGGUUUUAUACCACUCCCCCCCAGCUCGCCCCCAGUAUAAAACCUAAGAUGGGAUGCGUAAAACUACACAUACCCCAUACCGUGUUUUAAUCUGCCAUUGUAAAAGAAUUAAAACAAAUACAAAUUAUGUUCUUCCACUGAGCUGAGGUUAACCUGUGCUAUGUUAGUGACUUUUAUGACUCCAAAAAGGCUGCAGCCUUUGCCUUGGAAGCGGGGUAUAAGGGAUUUAUACUUCUGCUUAAAAAUCCACGUGCAGCCUGUCUUUUUUGUGGCUGUGUAUAAGGUAUUUAUUCUCCCACGCAGAAAUUUAUUACCCUCCCCGGCGGGAUAGAUAGUUGUUCAUCAAGAUCACAUGAACCAAUCAGAUCUCCUCAUUCUGACAUGGAGGUAUGAUAAAACCGCAUUGCGUUGUCAUAGUAACACGUCUCUUUUACGUCAAGUAAAUUAGUGAGGCAUUCAAUAACUCAUGGAAGUCAAGUGACAGCUGAGUGUGUAUGAAUUUUGUACAAACCCUGCCAUUGCUGGUAUUGAAGCAGUGUGUGGAGUAGAUAGCCGCCAGACGGUAGCCAGAGAAAUAUUGUUGUUUGUGUGAUGUAAUCUGAGUUCUCAGUGGUCAGAGCAAUUGCUGUCUUCAAUCUCGUUGAAAAACCAGGUCCUGGCUUGGUUCAUUGGUUAGAUUUGACUACAUGGCAAAGCUGACAUACCGGUAUGUAAUCGCAGUUGAUAGGGAAACAUAGUGUUUACAAGCCCAUGAAGUACUGACAAUGUAGUCUGUAUUAAUGUACUGAUGGAAAGAAAUAUGAGAAGAAAUAACAGAUAUGAAGGCAAGUCACAUCUGUUAUUGUGGCAAUGUCCAUCUUGUUACUCACAACUCUUAUUGGUUGUUAACAACAGUUGUUAACCCCUCUUAUACCAAUAGGGUAUGUUAUGUCCAUUUUGUUUCGGUGGGUCAUUAUUCUUCGUAAUGACUACGCUCCCACAAUGUGCUGAGGUUGGACGAUUCUAUUCAGACAAGAGGGGAGCAAGCUUUGGUUCACAGUUUUGCAUUGUUGUGUAAAGCACUACGCAUUCGGGGACCAUGUGAUAUUAUAAGUUGGUUAGCACUCCCUCUGCUGUGGUAGAUAUGGAUUUCACCAUUCACAGCUACUAUAACACCUUGACUGUUGAAGGUCCCAGAAGAUCACAAGGGAUUUUGCUAGGUAGUGACAGCAGAUGAUGAUGUAGCUAAUUUUGUUCUUACCGAGACCUAUAUGUUUUGGUGUGUUCCCUCAUUUCGUUUCAUCAGUAUAAAGGUGAAAAAACUGGAAAUAUUUUGAAAAUAUCACAAUUAAUAUAUUCCUUUAUGUAUAUUUUUAGGUAUGAUAUAUAAUACAGGUAGAAUGUGUAGCAUGAAUGAACCACGGUGUAUUGAACUCAUUGACAUAGGUCUUUAUUCUUUCCUUAUGGCAUAACAUGUCAUACUGCAGGAUUGGAGAUACAUUGAUUUGUAAAUAAUAUUUCACAACUGACGUGAUAUGUGAUACUGUAAAUCUUGAAAUUAACACUAGCGUGAAUUAAAUGUGAAAAAUGUGAGUAGUCUUUGCUCGCAUUAAUUAACUUUGCAUUU